AUGGCCACCUUGCUGUGGAUAACUGGCUUUGCGUUUCUCAUUAUGGAAACCUUCACUGGAAUGGUCGCAAAUGGAUUUAUUGUCCUCAUCAACUGCAUCGACUGGUUCCGAAGCAGGAAACUGUCCUCGUCUGACCUGAUCCUGACCUGUCUUGGCCUAUUCAGACUCAUGUCUCUGGCAACAGUCAUGGUACACGAGACUAUGCUUUCCUUGUUUCCGUUCAUCUAUAUAUUGCAUCAUGGAUAUUUAAUGCUUGCCACGGUGUGGAUCUUUACAAACACCAUCACCCUUUGGUCUGCCACCUGGCUCGGUGUUUUGUACUUUGUAAAGAUCGCCACCUUCUCCCACCCCGUGUUCCUCCAAGCGAAGCUACGAUUCUCUGGACUGGUCCCAUGGCUGCUUCUCGGCUCAGUGGUCUUCUCUGUUUUUACUACUAUUAUUGGUAUUCCAGGAUUGAUCAGGGACCUCACCGCUGUUGAUCCCUACAAGUUACAUUUAACCAAUAGCUGUGAUUCAGAAACUGAAACGCCUCACGCUUCUGGGUACCUUUCCACUGCAAUUAUUGCUACACAGUUGAUGCCUUCUGUGAUAUUUCUGUCAUCCAUGAUCUUGUUAAUAAUCUCUCUGUGGAAGCACAUAAGACAUUUGCAACGCAGUGGAAUUGGAGUCAGGGAUCUCAACUCACAAGUUCACUUGAGUGCUAUCAAAACUCUGGCUUCCUUUGCUAUUUUGUUCCUGUCCAGUUUUGUAGCAGUCUUACCUGUGCCGGCGGCUGGAGGCCAGCGAGAGGCUGCUGCGAGGGCCAGGCCCAGCAUUGCGGCGGCGGAUGGCGGGGACCGGCGGCUGGGCCUGCACGUUGGCGCUGGGGCCACUCACGCCAACGUGCCCCAUCUGGGCGCCGGUGACGGGCAGCAGCUGUGGGGACCAAGAGUGGAGGAACGGUGCUGGGAGCUUGCACUGGAGUAA